AUGAAGCUCACGCUCGCCCUUUCCGCCCUCAUGGCCUCGGCGGCCAUGGUCUCCGCCGUGCCCAUGCCGCACGUCCAUACCAACAACGCCCAAGUCAAGCGCGCACCCGAAGUCCACGCCAAACGCGCACCCGAAGCCCAUGUGCAUACGCACAACAAUAACAAUGCCCAGGUCAAGCGUGCCCCCGAAAUGGAAAAGAGGGUCCCAGAACCACAUCGUAGACGCAAGUCGGCGUCGGCGUCGGCGACGGAUGUGGCUGCUACUACUACGGAUGCUGCAGCGGCAGAUACGACGGCGGUGGCAGAUACCACUGCUGUCGCGGAUACUACUGCUGUUGCGGAUACUACUGCGGCAGCAACAGAUACGGCAAAUACAGCAACAGCAAGUGCAGUAGCCAAGCGCGCCCCAGAAGCUCAUGUCCAUACACACAAUAAUAAUAAGCGUCAAGCUCUGGAUUUUGGCUCCUGCUCCGACCCAACCAUCAUUUUCUCCACCGGGCUCGACGGCCGUAAAGAGGCGUCAUUUGGGCCCGCUUCAAGCGACUUCAACCACGGGUCAGCCUUGAAGAUUGGCGUUAUUGCGGACUUUAUCUGUAGCCAGCUGGCAAGCUCCUGCAAAGCUUCAGAUGCCGCAGUCGCAGCCUGCAAGUCAGGCGCAACUGCAGCCUCGGCGCUCACUGGACAGGCUGCUGCAGAUGCGUUUAAUGCUGCUGUUGGCGGUGCUGGUGUUUCCACUGCUUCGGUUGAUACUGCGGCCGACCCUUGCGAUGAUGCUUCUGCGACUGUUGCGGCGGCCGCGGCCACUGCUACUGAUCCUUGUGACGAAGCUACUGGCACUGUCGCUGCCCGAGCUGUGACUGAUCCUUGUGAUGAAGCAACUCCCACUGUAGCUGCUAGAGCUGUGACAGAUCCUUGUGACGAAGCCACUGCCACUGCCACUGUCGCCGCCCGAGCAGUCACCGAGCCCUGUGACGACGCUACUGUGGCCGCCGCCGCAGCCACCACGGACCCUUGUGAUGAAGCCACAGCUACUGUCGCCGCCCGAGCCAUGAGCGAACCAUGCGAUGACAGCACCGUAGCUGCUGCCGCUGCCACCACCGACCCCUGUGACGAGGCCACCGCCACUGUUGCUGCCAGAGCCAUGAGCGAGCCUUGCGACGACAGCACCGUAGCCGCGGCCGCUGCCACCACUGACCCCUGCGACGAGGCCACCGCCACUGUUGCUGCCCGCGCAGUCACCGAGCCAUGCGACGAUGCCACUGUGGCCGCUGCUGCAGCUACCACCGACCCUUGCGACGACUCCACCGCAACCGUCGCAGUGGCUGCCGCAACACCCACCCCACCCUGCGACGAGGACACCACUGUUGCCGCCGCCGCAGCCACCACCGAGCCCUGCGCAGACGACGUCGCCGCAGCAGCCGUCGCCGGAAGCAAGAACCUCGACUUCGGCAUCUGUACCGACCCCACGAUGAAGUUUGGCGGCGGCUUUGACGGCCGUGCCGCCACCGAGAACUCGUUCCUCCCCACAAACAGCGACGGCAAGUUUGGCGGCCAGUCGAGUGCGCUGAACCCGAACAUCAUUGCGAACUUUAUCUGUGAUAAUCUGGUGAACACGUGUAAGGCGGGCGCGGACGCGCUGGCGGCGUGUCAGGCGGCGAAGGCGGUGGUGGCGGGGUUGAAUGUGAGAGAUGCGAGUGUGGCGGUGAAGUUUAAUGCUGCGCUUGGGUUUUAA